AUGGCGCCCUAUUACUUUACCCGACGACAACAUAGAUACAUCUUCAGCAGUCUCCUCGUUAUUUUAGUGUUGGCGAUAUUGCUCUUACAACCGAACGGCAACUUUUUACUCCGCAAAAUCAGCUCACGUAUCUCCCAUUUGGAAGCCUUGGCUGCGAAAAGCGACCGAGGGGAUGCUAUUGGUUGUUCCGUUGAUCUGAACCAUUUGAAAUCCCAAGGAUUUGACUCGCCAGUGUUAUAUUCGCGUUGGGAAAUCGGAGUGAAACAGUCCAAAAAAUUCAAGACGUUUUCAGACAGUUUGAAACUGCCAAUUCCCAGUUUCGAACUUGUCGACCUUGAUGCAAAUGAGAGCCGUAAGACUCUCAACCAAUGCCCCCCAACUGUUGAAAUUUCCGCCCCUUUGCCUGAACGUAUCGACGCAUCGCAUAUAAUUUUUGGUGUCGCUACCUCUUUGGACCGGCUAAUAGACUCAUUGGAAGCUUUUUCGCAUUGGGCCAGUGGCACAAAUGCCCGGAUAUUCGCGUUAGUCGAAUACGACUCUCGGAAAAACACUGUUCUGCAACAGGCUGUUGAGCUAGGCAUUCGCCUUACUCUCAUUGAAUCGUAUGAAAAAGUCCUGGAUCGAUAUAUAUCACUUACUCGAGUUCUCUUUCGAAAUAUCGAUGAGAACUCACAGUGGGGUGUCGUCAUAGAUGACGAUACUUUUUUCCCGUCCAUGUCAAACCUCAUCAAGCGACUAGCCUCAUAUGACGCUACGGUACCACAAUAUGUCGGAGCUCUCACGGAAAACGUCAUGGGCCUUUCGAACUAUGGCUACAUGGCCUACGGAGGUGCAGGGAUUUUCCUCUCUAUUCCCACUCUAGAGGAGCUUGAUAAACAUUACGACGAAUGCACCAAGCUUACGGGAUUUGGCGAUAAACGAAUAUCUCAAUGCAUUUAUCUCCAUACUACCACCAAGCUCACUUGGGACCGAGGACUUCAUCAAUUGGACUUUUGGCAAAGUGACGGGUCGGGAUUCUAUGAAUCGGGACGGGAGUUGCCAUUGUCGCUGCAUCACUGGAAGUCGGCCGACUGGUUCCCCGUCAAUAUUGUCGGGUUAAGCAAAGUAUCUUCAGUAUGUGGAGAUGAGUGCCAGCUUCGGCGCAGGAAAUUAGCGGGCUCAGAUGACUGGUUCUUCAUCAAUGGGUUCUCUAUCAUACGCCAUUCCUAUCCUGUCAAUGACACAAUUGCGAUGGAGCAGACGUGGGACCCAAGCUUUUGGGCACGAGAAGAGGGUUGGGCGUACAGUCUGGGUCCAUUGAGGCCAAGGGAUGACGAAAAGCUAUCACUACGUUUAUAA